AUUUCAUAGCAACGUAUGAAGCAUUUGGUUGACAACAAGCGUUAUCAAUGGUGUUUUCGCUUUCUCUUACCCUUUAAAAGUAGAUAGUAUAUAUCGAAAUUCAUAAAGGAUGAGCAUAAAUUUUCAUGCCAAUCAAUAUGAACAAGCAUUUACUUCCCAUCGAAUACAGAACUGGGAAGUCCCUCAAAUUCCAGAGGGAAAGCAUCCAAAAGCCAACACAGGCUUUACCCGAGUCAUAGCAAAUGACCGUGGACACUUACUCACUAAUAUUGCUAAGGAAAGAAAGUCUCCAUGGGGAACCUUUGUUGGCACCUGGGACAUGCCACACAAAAUUCCAGGUAACAGAAUUACUGUUCCAACUGCAAGAACAGAUGAAGCUUUGCUUAAGGGACAAAAACUGAAGGAAACUGGUGAUGAAGUUCUAAGUGGAGCUCUUAAACCAUGCCAUACAGUGGAGCCCCUCCCAGUGAAGCUGGAUGCACCAGAAGAUCAGAGACCUGCAGGCAUCACCUGUGUACCUGCUAGUGGAGCCAGGGGCAGUCCUACCUGUGUUGAGCCGUGCUCUCAUGUGGAGAGAACUCAUUACGAUGAUAAUCAGCCCAGGGCUAUUUCAAGGAAAGAAAGCAGAGAAACUCUCAAAUGGCCAAGGGCAAGAAGUCCACAAUGUAAAUCACCAGCAGCCUUGACCUCUUAUGACAUCAACCAAAUGCAUGUAGAUGAUGUGAAUGUUGUCCGUCAACAGAGAGACUACUGUUGAAACAGGCCAAGGGAAGUAAAUGUGCCAUUACUGAAUCGAUGGAUUGUGAUGGAAUAAUUUACAAACUAAAAUAAACUUUUGUAAUGAGUACAUGCAGCCUAACAACAUCAAAAAAACUUUUUUUUUUAAAACUUACAAAUGUUGAGAUUUAUUUUUUACUAUUUGUAAAAAAAGUUUGAUCAGUAUUAGGCAUUUUAUUAUAUCAAUGUAAAAGAAUAGGGAAAAAAACCUGGUAAGCUUGAUUUUUAAAAAUUGUUAGCUAUGUUAGGGUUGGAUAUUUUUUUAACACAUUUUUAAAGAAAAAACAACUAUGGAUUUAUCUUAUACAUUUUCAUAAAUUUUACUACAAAGUGAAGUAGUAAGAAUAAAGGGUUAGCAUUUGUACUUUUAAAAUUAUAUUUUUUUAAUAUACUUUUUAAAAAAAAAACUGAAUAAAGUAAAUGUAAAUAGUCACAUACUAUUUUUGUUUUGAUCUCUUAGUUCACUUGUGCAAUAAAAUACAAAUAAUGUAA